CUUCCGUUGACAAGUAUGGCGGGUACUGCAUUGAGCGCUGCUUCUAGAGAUAAACUGUAUUCAAUCAUCUACAAGCAAGAAAAUGCUCAUGAGGACAGUAUCUGGAGUUGUGCAUGGGGAAGAAGUAACAAAGAUAACACAGAAAAUAUCGUCACUGGCAGUAUAGAUGACAAAGUUAAAAUCUGGAAAUGGGUAGAUGAGAAGUUAGAAGUUAGACAUGUUCUAGAAGGUCAUCAACUUGGUGUGGUGUCUGUGGAAAUUAAUGCUGAGGGAACUUGUAUCUUUUCUCGUUAAAAUGACAAUGACUUAGGGAUAAUGGACUCUAGUUGAAUCUCGAUAAGGAAAAUGGCAAAAAAUUUUGAUGCGGGCCCAGUGGAUGCUUGGACAGUUGCGUUUUCACCAGAUUCCAGGUUCCUGUCAUCGGGAAGCCAUCAUGGUAAAAUCAACUUGUUUGGUGUGGAUACCGGGAGGAAAGAAUCAUCAUUAGAUACGAGAGGAAAAUUAACACUUAGUAUAGCUUAUAGUCCCGAUGGCAAAUACAUAGCGUGUGGGGCCAUUGAUGGUAUUGUAAAUAUAUUUGAUAUCGCCACCGGGAAACUUAUACACACUUUAGAAGGUCAUGCGAAGCCUAUCCGAUCUCUAUGUUUCUCACCAGAUUCCCAGCUGUUAGUGACAGGCUCUGACGAUAACCAAAUAAAAAUUUAUGAUGUAUUACAUGCAAAUUUAGCAGGAACAUUAUCUGGACAUGCCUCGUGGGUGUUGAGUGUAGCUUUCUCACCUGAUAACACACAUUUUGUCUCCAGUUCAUCAGAUAAAACAGUGAAGAUCUGGGACGCUGGUUCCAGACAAUGUGUACAUACGUUUUAUGACCAUACUGACCAGGUCUGGGCAGCCAAGUACAAUCAAGCUGGUAACAGGAUAGUGUCAGUAUCUGAUGAUAGAGCUAUGCAUAUUUAUGAUAUUCCACAGUGAGAUUCAUCAAUAAC